AUGAAGAGAUUAUGCUGGAGAUGUAGAAAAAGCGACACAGUAAUUUUCGAACCAACCCUUAAGGCACUAACGUUCAAAUGUAAAGAUGAACAAGAAAAUUAUAUUUGCGGCGAAUGCUACUUGAAGCACGACUUAUCAGGAUUUGAAAGAAGAAGAGAACUAGAACAAAAAGAAAGAGAAAGUCAGGUAAAGAAAGUUAAAAAACUCGAACCGUUAAUAGUAAAUGAAAAAAAGUUCGAAAAUAAUAAUUCGCAAUUUGAAGAAAAUAAAGAAAUAGAGAGACCAAAAAAAGAAUUGAUUAAAAAUCAAGAACAAAAUUUUUACCAUGAUAAAUCUUUAUUAGUUCAAUUAGAAGAAGAAAGAGAAAAGAAUAAAAUUUUAACUGAAAAAGUAACGAAGUUAGAAAAAGAGUUAUUAAGAAAACUAAAACUAACUGAAUUAUUACAAACAAUUGAAAAAAUAAUUCGGGAGGGCAAAGAAAAAGAUUAUUAUGCCCAAGAGUUAAUCAAAGAUAGAAAAGAAAUUUUAAAAGAAAAAGAAGUAGUUCUUGACCUUGAAGAAAUUUGCCGAUUGAAGGAAGAAUUAGUUAAAUUAGAAAUACAACAAAAUCAACAAUUUGAAGCAUUAUUGCGGAAGCAACUGCGGUCAACACAGCGUAAUUUUAACAAUCCAACUUACCACGAAUACCUUUGUGUAAAUUGUAUAAAUGAAGUUGGAGGACAUGCUCGUAAACAAAGAGAAGAAAAAGAAAAAAUUAAAGAGAAAAACCGAGAAAAAGAACGAAAAAACAGUAUUAUCAGCCAAAUUAACAAUAAAUUAAAACCCGGAAUAGGCAAAAAUUGCGAUAAUUGCCAAUUGAUUGCAGCACAGAAAUCUUUAAAACAAUGUAAUCAAACUUUUAAUGCUGAACAAGUAAAAAUACUCAAAGAAUACCAAGCCAAAGUUCAAGUCCAAAAAAAUAACAAUCCAAUUUCACCAGAGAUUAAAGCCGAGAUAAAUCAAGUAAUAAUUGAUAAUUCCUCUCCUGCUAAUAACCAACCACCAAGCAAUAAUAAUUCUCCUUCUCCUAAUCAACCAAAUUCACCAACUGCCCCUUUACCAGUUAGCCAACCAAUAACUAAUAAUUCUAACUCUUCUUAUAAUUGUUCGUUCUGUAAAAAGAGUUUUUCCCAAGAUGCUUAUCACUUCCCAAAUGACCCGAACAAAAUAUUUUGCUCCGAUUGUAAACCGCAAGUAGAAUUAUUCGCCCAAUCUCUCGCCCGAAUAAGCCAAGGUCAAGCAGUUAAUGUUGAUAGUUUAAACUUACGCGAGGACGGCAAAACCACCUUAAAAGCGGCUCAAAAAAUCUACCGAGGCGAACCAGUUGAUAUUAACAGUUUAAAUAUUGACGAGGAAGAUAAACAAGGACUACGAGAAUUCCAACGAGAAAUAGCGAGCAAAAAACCUAUCCCUAUCGAUAAAAGAACAAUCGAACCAAAAAAUAAAAAAUAG